GCGGGGUCUCGGCAACAUGGGAGCGCUCGGGGUCGCCGUGACUUGCGCCUCGCUCCUGGCGCUGGUGCGAGGGCACAGCUUGUUCACGUGCGAGCCCAUUACCAUCUCCAGGUGUUCAAGAAUGCCUUACAAUAUGACUUUUUUCCCCAAUAUCAUGGGGCACUACGAUCAGGACACUGCUGCUCUCCAAAUGGAGCCUUUUCUUACUCUUAUGAAUCUCCACUGUUCACCAGACGUCCACACAUUUCUGUGCAAAGCAUUUGUUCCUGCCUGCCUGGAGCAAGUUCAUGUGAUCCAUCCUUGCCGAAACCUCUGUGAGAAAGUGUAUUCUGACUGCAAGCCGUUGAUUGACACUUUUGGAAUUGCAUGGCCUGAAGAGCUGGAAUGUAACAGACUAGUCAAUUGUGACGAGACUGCUCCCGCCACUGCUCCUGUAACCACAAACGCACAUGGAACUCAGAAGACCCCAGGACAGACGCGAAGGGAUUAUGGAUUCUGGUGUCCCCGACACCUGCACACUUCCAAUGGACAAGGCUACAAGUUUCUAGGCAUCGAUCAGUGUGCACCCCCAUGUCCCAACAUGUACUUCAAAAAUUACGAAUUGGAUGUUGCAAAAAGCUUCAUUGGAAUAGUUUCAAUAUUUUGUCUUUGUGCUACGCUCUUCACAUUCCUGACUUUUCUGAUUGAUGUUAAAAGGUUUAGGUACCCGGAGAGGCCAAUCAUUUAUUACUCGGUCUGUUACAGCAUAGUGUCUCUAAUGUACUUCAUUGGAUUUCUCCUUGGGAAUAGAACUGCCUGUAACAAGGCAGACGAUAAGCUAGAAAUUGGGGAAACAGUUGUUCUUGGCUCCCAAAACAAAGCCUGUACCGUCCUUUUCAUGGUUUUGUACUUCUUCACUAUGGCAGGAACCAUUUGGUGGGUGAUUCUUACCAUCACCUGGUUCCUCGCAGCAGGAAGAAAAUGGAGCUGUGAAGCUAUCGCACAGAAGGCUAUGUGGUUCCACGCAGUUGCGUGGGGAAUACCCGGCUUUCUAACCAUUAUGCUUCUUGCCAUGAACAAAGUCGAAGGGGACAAUAUCAGUGGAGUUUGCUUUGUGGGCCUCUACGAUGUGGAUGCCUCUCUGUACUUUGUGCUUUUGCCGUUAUGCCUUUGUGUUUUUUUCGGUCUCUCUCUUCUUUUAGCUGGUAUUAUCUCUUUAAAUCAUGUGCGGCAAGUCAUCCAGCAUGAUGGCAGAAACCAAGAGAAGCUAAAGAAAUUCAUGAUUCGAAUUGGAGUUUUUAGUGGCUUGUACUUGGUGCCACUUGUGGCACUUCUCGGGUGCUAUGUCUACGAACUGGUGAACCGGAAGACCUGGGAAACGACCUGGGUGUUUGACCACUGUGACCAGUACCACAUUCCUUGUCCUUAUCAGGCAAAGGCACUAGCAAGACCAGAAAUAUUUUUGUUUCUGAUGAAAUACUUGCUGACACUAAUUGUUGGCAUAUCUCCAGUCUUCUGGGUGGGAAGUAAAAAGACCUGUUCGGAAUGGGCCAACUUCUUCAACAGAAACCGCAAAAGAGAUCCAAUCAGGGAGAGUCGAAGAGUGCUGCAAGAAUCGUGCGAAUUUUUCUUGAGGCACAAUUCCAAAGUUAAACACAAAAAGAAGCACUACAAAUCGAGUUCGCACAGGUUGAAAGUAAUUUCGAAGUCCAUGGGGACUAGCACGGGUGGCACAACAAAUCAUGGAACUUCUGCAGUAGCAAUCACUAAUCACGAUUACUUAAGCCAAGAAACUGUUGCAGAAAUCAAAACGUCUCCAGAGACAUCUGAGAAAGAGGCAGAUGGAACAUCAGCCCAAAAAGUCGAGGAAGGCGAAAACAGUGGAAAUCAAAUGUUAUGUGGUUCUAAACUGACCGUGGAUCAGGUGGAAAAAAGAAACAAAGCAGAUAGCACAUGUGAUAUGAGUAGCUUGUCUGGGAGUGUGAAGAGAAUAGGUGAAGGAAGAGUAACUCCUAAAAAUGAUUUUAUUGAAUCUCCUGCAUUACAAAGGAGCAGUUCCCAGAUACCUGAUGUCUCACAGUCAGGCUCCAUAUCACUACUUGUCUACUCGGCUUCAGACACCAGAAAAGAGUUGGAUUCAGGAACCAGUUCAAACCCUUGAAAGACUGAUUUUUAUCUGAACACUUUCAAUGAAUAAAACUGAUAUGGACUCUGUUACACUGGAAAUAACAGAUAUUCUGUGCCUUAUUAAAAAUCAGACACAUCUUGUUUUUGCACUUAUAAAAAUGUAAGCUUUGUAGUGGGGACAACUGGCAAUAAUGUACUAUAUUCAUACCCAUCCGGGAAUAAUGGAAAUGGAAGUUCUGUAGGAUAUAGCUGGAUUGACUAGCAAUAAUUUAAGAAAGAUGAAAAAUAUUAUUCCCAAUAUAAAGAACACUUUUUAAUAACUGUAAUGAAAUAAUCUAUAGAAAGCACCGUUGCUUUUCAAGGCAUACAAGUUCCAUCUGCAUAUUUGAUAUUUUUCAGCUUUUUACUUGUUUUGGAUUUUUUUUUUUUUUUACUAUCUAUUAAACAGCAUUAUCACUUAAAAGUAAGACAUGCAUAAACUUUAUAAAGUGUCAUGAUGUGUCAAUUAUAGCACUGUUUUAUGGUAGUUUCUACACUGAAUAUGAAAGGGAAUCUGGAAUCAUAGUGAUUUAUUUUGUACAUAAAAACAAAUUAUGUAAAUAACUGACUGCAUUAGGUCAAUAUUUAGAACUACUGUUUUGUAUUAAUUGUAUAAACUUGGUAAAGUUAAUAAUGCUUCCAUUAGAUACUACUGAGGUCAACAAUUUUAUGAUGAUCAGGCAAUUUUAUGUAGUUCACAGUAAAGCAGAUUGUAUCUUUAUACAAAGCAUACACCAUACACUAUACAUUUGGGGCAAGGCUGGUCAGACAUCUGGGCAUCCUGUACAGAAAUAGUACAUGAAUGCAGCUGUACUUCAGAAAAAUGCUUCUUUGAGCCCCUCCUGGUAUGGUGUUCCAGUGCAUCGUGCCAAGCAGGGAAACACUUCAGAUCCUCUGUCCAGGAAGACAGAAUCUGAAGUACGUAUUUGUUGUGUGGGUUUUUUUUGUUGUUUUUUUACUGAGCUGCAGUGAAAGCAUAUGCUUCCUUUUGUUUCUAUGCAAGUAACUUGAACUCUUAGAUCUGUGGAGAAACCUUGCAGAAAAUAAACUAUGGUGCAAAUAAACUAAGAUGCAAGCUUGUUUAGCAGUACAUUUUACAUAAAACAAGACCUUAAUAACUUUUCUGCAAAGUUUAAUUUUCUACAUGCUACAGCAAUAUAUUUUCUUUAACCCAAGAAGGCCUUAAUGCAGAUAGCCUUUUUUAUACUUUCUUAUGAUAGAAUGGUGCUCCAGGGCAAGUAAUACUGAUGUGCAUAAGUGUUUCAUCAUUCAUAUCUAAAGAAAUCCUGGUUCCAGUGAAGUCAGUGCCAUUUAUUACUUGAGGUGUUUUGGAGCCAGGGUUUCUAAACUGAAAUUUCCCUGCAUUUUGUAAGGCUGUUCAGCAUCGUCUGUUUGAUUACUAAGAGGAACAUUGCUCUUAAAUUGUUAUCUUCAUUUUGUUAUUGUGUGGAGGAACUGUGUUCCAGUUUAUGCAGCACUCGUGCUGAUGCUUUGAACAAUCAAGCAAAAUUGCAUGGCACAAAGGUCGUGUAAGUACUGAGUCAAUGGCAAAUACUGUUCUGAUGAACCAGAGUUACUUGUUUUAUUGAUCAUGCAUUGAAAAUUGAAUGUAUUUACCUUUAUAUUGUCAUGUGCAUUUUCGUAUUUGUAAUUUAUUGCCUUAAAUACGACGUGCUAUUUCUUUCAUCAUUUUCCCCAUUGAAAAUAUCUGAUAUUCUUGCUGCUGAGAAGGACAGUGAGAAAACCCUGUGAAAAUGCACACUAAGCACCCUGCGUUCUUUUAGUUAUGUUUGUAAACGGGUAACUUUAUACAUAUUCAGUAGUUUUGAUAUUACUGUCUUUGUUAGUAAUAAAAAUCUGUUGUAUAGUA